ACGCAUCGUCGAGCAGAGAUAACAUUUACGAUCGACUUUACUUUUCGAUGCACAGGCGACGACGACCAAACGCUCGAGCAGUUCGGUUCAGUCUAGUUUUAACGCGAUCAGCUCGGGCCGCCGCGUCGAAUAAGCGGAAACGCAAUUGGCUCGAUCGAAUCUAAGUGACAAUGAGAGGUGUCAAGUUCCCGGCGAUCACUAUUCUCAUCGAGUGCGCGAUUCGCAGCGCCGGCUUCAGUUAUCCGCAAUUGAAGCUACUCAGCGUGGUUUUCAGACACGGCGACCGGGAGCUCAACGACGAUAUCGGCGGGGAUUUGACGCAAGUCGGCAGGCUGAGAGCCUAUCGCCUGGGCGAGAUACUGCGCGUUCGCUACGGAGACUUUCUGGGCGAGAAGUACGAGCCGUCGAGAUUGUACGCGAGAAGCACCGAAUACGUCCGGGCCAAAAUGAGUCUGCAGCUGCUGCUGGCUGGACUCUUUGUUCCUCGCGGACAGCAGAGGUGGCGCGAGAGCCUAGACUGGCAGCCGAUACCCUUCAGCUAUGCCAGGUUGAAGGAGGACGUUCUGCUGUUUCCGAGAGACUGCCCGAGUUUCCAGCGAGAGAUGAAGAGAUUCUUGCCGAGUCCGGGCUUCCAGAAACUGCUGGAUCCGUACCGCGAGAUGAUGAGGAAUAUGACUAUCUGGAUGGGGCAAGAGAUGAGCAUCCCCAACCACAUGUUCGUGCUGUAUCACAAGCUCUCGUCGAUGCAAGCUCUGGACGAACCUUUGCCCGAGUGGUCGAGGGACUUUUUCCCCUACGGGCUGCUUCUGAACGGUACCUACUUGGAGUACGAUACCCACAAGUACAUCGACUGGAUGAGGCGAGUGAACGGUGGUACGCUCGUGCGUAAGAUGAUAGACGACAUGCUGAAUCGGACGGACGAGAAGUACCCCGGCAAACGCGACGUUUACCUGUACAGCGGACACGAGCUGAACAUCGUGUCGAUUCUCCAGAGCCUGAAGAUCUGGCAACCGCACAUACCCGAGUACUCGAGCGCGGUUAUCGUCGAGCUUCGCGAGGAUCGUAAGAACUACUACGUCAAGGUGCUGUACCACAAAGGCAUACCUCCGAUCUUCAAGGAGAUGCAGAUCCCCGGCUGUCCGAGCCUCUGUCCGCUGGAUAGAUUUAUCGAACUACUGUCCGACAACCUGCCGGCCUACGACGAGAUUAUCUGCGACGACAAACCUGUAAAGUUCGAGUGAAGACGUAGAUGUGAUGUGACGUAGAAGUCGAGUCCGUGGUGCGACUGACUGAUAGCCAAGGCUCGUGUAGGAAGAAGAAAAUCGCUUUCGUGAUCAUCAUCUUGAACGAGAUUAUUACUCCUAAUUGAAUGAUUAUUCGACAUAAGCGAAAUUGUUCAGUCAUCGUGUAUCCCAGUAAAAAAAGACAAAUGCUCACAA